AUGCCUGAGCACAGUCGUUCCACUGUUGAUCGUUUCUUGGCGGCCACAGAAAAGGAAUCAGAGAAGUACACCAUCAUGACAUCGAAAGAAAUACAAACAAUUAGAAAUACAGCAAAAGCACAAAUUGAUGCCGAGUACGCUUCUUCAGAAACUAUCGGUGUUAAACGUAAAGCAUUAGAUCCUCAUGAUUAUCAGCGUAAACGUGCGGCGAUUGACGAAUUUGGAGAUUACGAAGAAGAGGAAGAAACUAUCGAAGUAGAUGAAAAAAUCUUUUUCUCGGUCAAUUAUGAUAAAUUCAACAUGGUCUUUAGAAACGAUUCAAUUGUUGAUUUCGCUACCGAACGUAUCAAUCGAACAGCAGGCGAAAUUGUGAAGGCAUUCUUAGAACAUGGAAAAGAUAAAAUGAAGAUGUUGAAAGAAAAUGACUCUCCAUCUGCAACACCAAUUCAUAUCGCCAAUCUUAUAUCCAAAACUGAUAUUGCAAGUAGAAAAGAUAUCAAUUUACCGAAAGAUAUUCUCGAACCCAAUAAGCCACCAUCUUUACAAGAUACUGUAAGAGGCUAUAUCACAUUACUUAAAACAGAUGCUGCUGGAUUUGUCAAAUCAAAGGAUGAAAGAGGAGCAAAUCAAUAUGCUGUAAAUUUCGAGAAAUUACGUUAUACAAUGAAGAGAAAGGUUAUGGAAGGAUUAGUGCAAGAGCGUUAUGGUGUUGCAACAUGUCGUAUUAUGAGAAUUUUGAUUGAGCGUGGAAAGUUGGAUGAAUCUCAAGUCCAAAAAUUAGCUAUGUUACCUCCCAAAGACACUAGAGAAAAGUUAGCGUUACUAAAGACCAAGGGUUUUGUUGAGAUUCAGGAAAUUCCUAGAUCCGCUGAUCGUGCUCCUGGAAGAUGUUUUCAUUUGUGGUAUGUACCAGUCGAGAAAUGCUACCAAGAAUUGUUGGUAGAUUCUUAUCGUAUCAUUUGCAACCUCCAACAACGUAAACAAAACGAAUUGGCAAUCCGAAAACGUCUAAUUGAUAAAAUCAACAGAAAGGAUGUCAUCGAAAACCCGGAAUUACUUGGCGAAGGUGAGAAGAGAGAAAUAGCCGCUAUGGACAAAAUUUUGGAGCGUUUAGAGGUUUCAAAAUCUAGAAUGGACUCUGUAGUUAUGAUCUUGAGAGACUUUUAA